UAGAAUGAGGCAAUGAUGAAUUAAAAGACAAACUUCCCAUCUUGCUCCACGGAACUUUAUUUAAAUUGAAAGUUAUUCAUGUUCCGACAUCUCUGUUUAAAACCAAAAGAAUAACAAAGGAAUUUACAGAAAAUUCCGAAGUUUUUGUGACAAGAAAGAGCUUUUAAAAUAAUAAAGAUUGGGAUUAAAUGCUUCGUUUAUAAAUGACUUCUUUAAAAUUUUGUUCUCUUCCCAUGGUUUUAUAAUCAAGGAUAUAAAUUAAUUUCAAUUUAUUAAAAUGAUAUUUGUUAACACUUUUCAUUGUUUAUGCUCAGCGUUCACAUAUCGUAAUUUUUUGUGAAAAUGAAAAAAGUAGAUAUUCACGUCACCUUUAUAACAUGUUUAUUCACCCUUCAAUAGGUAUAGAUUUAGAAUGUACAGAAAAAAGGGGAAGAAGGCUAAGAAGAUAAAAAAUGGAGGUUGCAAAAAAGCUCUUUCUGUGGAGAAGGUUGAAGAUAAGAAUCUGAAGGAUUCAGAAGAAGAACCUGAAAAGCAUCAAAAGGAGAACAAAUCUGCUAACGAUGGAUCGAGUUUGGAGGAUUUUAAAGGAUGCGCGGAAGAAAUUAAGAAAAUUGAAAAGUCUCAAAAGUUUCAAAUAGAAUUUAUCAACGACUGGGCCAGAACGGAACUGGAUUUCUAUGAUGAGGCAUCGAAGCUUACUGAAGAAGCUCUACUGCAAGAGAAUUUAGAGUUGAAUCCGCACAUAGAUCAUUCUAAACUUAGUGGAAAGAGUGCUGCACGUGCUCACGUGUUCUGGAACCACAGGUUGGAUUAUCAUCCACUCAUCUGCAGUCAUAUCUCAGACUGGGCUAGGGAUCUCUUCUGUGGAAGGUAUCGGCUUCUGGAGGAUUAUCUAAAAGAUAAGACGAUCGAUCAAGUAAUCAGCAAGGUUAAGCAUCGUGAAUCCCUCCUCAAGGUCAACUCUGUGUUCCAUGUGAUACUCGGAGCAACCACCAGUCUAAACCCAUUAGAACAGGAGAUCUUUGACAAGUUGGAUCCAAAUGAGAUUAAUCAUCCCAGAUGUCUCCGUCUCCUGUUGAAUAAUGGUGGAUCAGUUCACUGGAGGGAUGGAGCUGGAUUUACUCCUCUCCAAUGGGCCGUCAACUCAUGCUUCGAGACCACCAAGGUUCAGGAUGAUAUUGUCAAGCUUUUGUUAGAUAAAGGAGCGGAUCCUAAUGCUCCGGAUAGAACAGGUUCCACCCCGCUCAUGGUGGCAGCACAGCAGGGAAACCUAAAAUAUGUUAAACGGUUCCUGAGUGCUGGAGGAGAUCCAACCUUGUGCAACAAUGACGGGGUUUCUGUGAUGGAUUGCGCUAAGAGUUAUCCGGAGAUAAUCUCAACCCUUGUCAUUUCAAUCUCAAGAUAUUUCACUGAAGAGUUGGAUCCGGUGUGUUCCAAUGAUAACUGUAAACGCCUGCAUAAGACGAUCUGUACAGGAUGCUAUUGGGGGCAGUACUGCUCUAAGACAUGCCAGAAAACGCACUGGAGUAAACAUAAGAGGAUUUGUAAAGCAGCUCCGAUCCUUUUCAGAACUGCUAAUCUCAUAUUCGACAGCCCCUUCCUGAUGACGAGAGGGAUCCACGAGGGGAAGAUAACAGUUGAACCUUAUCCUCCGGUUUUUAACCCAACCCAGAGAAGAUUCAGAAUAUGUGUCUAUUUCCCGCAGGAAAAUCAGUGGGAGGAGGACGCCCAUGCAGUUCUGUUUACACUUGACUACAGUAUUGUUGCAGAGCUGAAAUACAGUCUCAACAAGGAGUUGUACGUUGAGCUUCUUCAACAGUAUAACAGAAACCCUUUCAUCAAGUUAAACUGUGUCUGGAAAAAUGAACCUGACAAGAUCUAUAUACUUCCUUAGUGAUUUAUCGGAUAGUUCAUAUUGAACUAUAGUCGUUAAGUGUCUUAUAUAUUCAUAACUAUUUUUUUGCGCAUUUUUAUAUUGUAAACAACACAUUUUGUACAGCUUUGUCAUCAUGUUAUAUUAUUGUGUUCUGUGAGUGUGCAGUAUUGUAAAUACAGUAGAAUCCUCAUUUUUUGUAUUUUUUGUUCAAGGUUUUGAUAAUGUUCGUAUCUUUUACAGGUUUAAGAAUUGUUUAACAAAUUGUAAUUUUUUACAAUGUUUAUGUUGAAUAGUUUUCUUAAAUGGAUUAUAUUAAGCUUUUGAUCAUUUUUU